AUGUCUUUCGAUCUAAAGGAAAAGGGCAAUCAGCUCUUCAAGCAAGGCGAUUAUGCCGGGGCGGAGGAGAUGUUUUCCCAAGCUAUCCAGAAGAACCCGAAGGAGCCUACAUUCUUUUCAAAUCGGGCUAUCACGCGCAUGCGACUUGAGAAUUGGGCUGGCGUUGAGAAAGACGCGCGUGUGGCGAUCGACUUGUUCGGCGCGAAGAACCCCUCUAAUCUGAAAAGUCGCUAUUAUCUGGCACAGGCUUUGCUGGAACUGCAGCGGCCACAAGAAGCACAUGAAGUUGCGGUCGAAGCAUAUCAAGCGAGCUUAGCGGCCAAGAGUGCCCAGUCGGAGAAUCUGUCUAAGACGGUGCUGCGCGCGAAGCAGCAGCUCUGGGCCGCUAAGGAGGCGGCACGGGUGCGGGAGCAAAACGAGACCCUGGCGAAUAUGGAACGGUUGGUCGAGGCCGACCUACAGAGAGCGCUGAACGACCUCCAGGGACAGUUGGACCGCGGAGAGAUUGGCCAGAUUGGAUUUUCGGAGGACCAAAAGGCGCUCCGAGAGGAUACGGAGAAGACGCUGCAGGUGUUGCGGGAAACGUUCGCCAUUGCAUCAAAGGGGGAGAUUCAAGAAAGGGUUGUACCCGAUUAUCUUAUUGACCCGAUCACAUUCGAGAUCAUGCAUGAUCCGAUGAUCACACCGUCCGGAACCAGCUUCGAACGCGUUGCAAUCACCAAGUAUGUGGAACAAUCUAAGGUGGACCCGAUCACGCGUGUACCGAUGACAGUGGAUGACCUUCGGCCCAACUAUGCGUUGAAAGGAGUUUGCGAGGAGUUUCUGCAGAAGAACGGCUGGGCGGUUGACUGGUAA